ACAACAACAAUCCAUUAAAUAUCCCAUCUGCCCAUUCACCACACCAUACACCAUGUCUCCCACUGCCACCCCCGUCAAGGACAACAACGCCCCCUCCCCCACCAUCACCCCGCUUCACGACCCCAGUCACCAGGCCAAGGUCAUCCCUCAGACAAAGCCUCUGGGCGCUUCUAAUCCCAACAUUGUCCCAGGAAUGGCGACUGAUGGUGCUGCUCCCGGUCUUGGACACAAGGCGUUGCUGUCGAGGAAGUUUGCCAAGGCCAACAAGCCUACCAUCUCCCCCACCGACCAAAUACAGAGCCCCUGCACGGCCAAGCUCACAAGCGCCAAGCAACGUCACUUUACCAAGGGAAAGCCCGCCUCGCUCGCGCAAUCAUUCGUUGCCAUCCGUGAAAGCUCUAGUGCAUCAUCUCCAGCUCCAGCCGGCCGCAAGACCGACCUGUGAUGACUCUUGACCUUUUUGGAAACGUUUGAUACGUCUUGUUUGCGCCCGUCGUUGGGAAUUUUCCUUGUUGUUUGUAUGUGCCCUCAUAGGCAUUUGCGUGGCAGUCAGCUGAUCAUGAGUCCAGUUUUAGCUUUGAUUCUAUCAGUAUCCUUGAUCAGAAAUCCUUUCUUGCGGUGACUUUCUGCACCUGUCUUCGCCAUUUGAAUGGUCGAGUCUUCUGGCAAAGAUCCAUCUUGUCGCCCACUGUUUCUAUAUACCGCAAUGCAACUUGUACAAUGCU